AUGGCCGUAACAGUCGCCCACGCAGGCGAGCAUACUACCCUGCCAGCAUACAAGCAGGUCGACGAGACUAAAUAUGAUCUUGAUUGGGCAGAUCUGGUCACACUGGAUCUUUCCACGUUCGACCAACCCGGAGGCAAAGAGGCUCUAGCCAAGCAACUCUUUGACGCCAUCCAAAACAUUGGCUUCUUCUACAUUGUCAAUUUCGGCCUCUCUCAGGAAGAGGUUGACCGCCAGUUUGCGAUCGGCAAGUCUUUUUUCCAGCUAUCUACCGAGGAGAAGCUCAAGUACCGUGCCGAUCUAGCCAACGGCGGCUACAAUGGCUACAAACCUCUCGGGUUGCGUGAGAUCAAGCCUGGUAUCUUUGACAACACAGAGAUUUACAACAUCCCCAAGUUUAUUCCAGAACUUGAACGACCACAGCCCGAAGUCAUCAACGUGAAUAAGCUUGAGAUUGAGCGAUUCGCUCGUCACAUCCACUCCAACAUUGCUCUCAAACUUCUCACUCUCUUCGCUAUCAUCCUAGAGCUCCCAGAGGACUAUUUUACCAAGUCUCAUCGCUAUGACGAGGCUGUCUCGGAUUGUCACCUUCGCUACAUGAAGUAUCAUCCUCGAGAUGCCGGCAUCAAUGCCAAGCUCGAUAAUGUGUGGGUCAAAGGCCACACUGACUAUGGCAGCCUCACGCUUCUUUUCCGUCAACCUGUCGCGGCGUUGCAAGUCCGCACCCCAGACGGCAACUGGAAGUGGGUAAAGCCGUAUGAUGGCAGCAUCACAGUGAAUGUGGCCGAUGCUCUCCAGUUCUUGACGAAUGGAUUCUUGAAGAGCUCGGUUCAUCGCGUGGUCGCGCCUCCGCCGGACCAGGCUGGGAUCACCCGUCUUGGUGUUUUGUACUUUGUGAGACCAGAGAAUGGCCUCGAACUCAAACCAGUGGAAAGCCCUGUGUUGGAGAGGUUGGGCUACAAGCCCGAUGAGAGUUCGCAGUUGGGAGCAGGCAUCACGGCAGGAGAAUGGGUCAAGGCGAGGGUCAAGGCUGGGGUGGACAGAGGCGAGAAGGCGAGGAGUGAGGUAUCUGAGCAGGAGAUUAUCAAGGGAGUCAAAGCUAAAUAUUAUGAUUAG